CUACACACCAAGAUAAAUUUUAAAUGGAUCAGAGAUUCAAAUAAAUGUAACAAAAUGACUUCAUACAAGGACAAAUAGAAUGCAUAGGAAUUUCUCUGUAACUUGGAUAUAGGGAAAAAUUCCUAAUUGACUCAAAAUUCAUACACACUAAGGAAAAAGAUGAAUAAACUUAAUUUUUUUAAAAAACUUGCAUUUCAAACAAACACAAUGAACAAAAUGAAAAGCCAGGAACAGUAUUUUCAAAUUAUAUUAGAGAUAAAGGGAUUUUAAACCUAAUUUCUAAGGAGUUUUUUACAAGGAAGGAAGAAGGUCAACAAUCUUAGAAAAAUGGACUAGACGCAGCGGAAGAGAAAAUGAAAGCAGAAAAUUAUGGAAAAUAGCCAAACGGAAUCAUAAAGAGGAAAAAGAUGGAAAUGCAAGCUUUUUUUUAAAAGAGAGAAUGAUCUGCUACAAUACAGGAGGCUGAUCUAGGCAGAGAAAAAAAACAGCCUUUAGAAGUCAUGCAGGGCUAGAGAAAUAAGAUUGAAUACUAGAAGGGCUAAGAUCCUGCUGAGAAGGGAAAGACAGAUCUGAGCCUAGUACUCUUCACAAUACAUUGGCAAAUUCUGAAGCUACAAAACACAGGAGACCAGAAAGCCAAGUAGAAAGCUGUGAAAAACCAGUUUUUAGGAGGCUAGUAUUAGAGUUCAAGACCCAGCAUUGAGGACAAGAGGCUUUUGAUGACUAUCCCGGGAUUUCAUUUGGAAAGUCUGGAGAUUUGUGCCUUUUAUGAAGGGACAAAACUAAGGGUAAGUGAAAUUUGGGUCUAGGAACGGCAAGGCCAGCAAGAAGAUCACCAUUGCCAACUGUAGCCUUUACACAAUGGCAUAGCAACCCAAAUUCAGUCAGCUAUUGGAUUAAGUUUAUUGUCUACUUGCCAAGCUAAAGAAUGUAUGAAUGCUCUCUUUAGAAGAUAACAUCAUAUGGAGCCUCGACACCUUCUUAGACACAAUGUCAAGCCUUUAGUAAAAUUAUACUAGAUAUUCAAGAGAUGGGACUGAAAACCAAGAGAAAGAGCACACAAUAGAAAUAUGCCCACAGAUGAUUCAGGCAGUGGAGUUAAGACCAGGACUUGAAAUAACAAUGAUAAUAUGUUCAAGAAAGUAGAAGACCAGGAGAAAAUAAAUAAAAGGGAAAUUUCCCCCCAGAUAAUUGGAACUUGUGGGAGAUAAAAAGAAUCAAAUGGAUAUUCUAGAGCUGAGAAUUGCAAUAACUGAAAUUAAGAACUCAGUCAAUGGGUAUAAAAUCAAAUUAGACAAUGGCGAGCCCAAAAAUAAACCCUCAUAUAUAUAGUCAAAUGAUUUUCCACAAGGAUGCCAAGACCAUUCAAUGGGGAAAAGAUGGUCUCUUCAACAAGGGGUGUUAGGAAAACUGUAUAUUCGUAUGCAAAAGAAUGAAGUUGGACCCUUACUUUAUAUCAUAUGCAAAAGUUAACUCAAAAUGGUCCAAAGACCUAAGCGUAGGACCUAAAACUGUACAACUCUUGGAAGAAAAUAUAGGAAAAAAGCAUUAAGACAUUGAAUGUAUUUCUUGGAUAUGACAACAAAAGCACAGGCAACAAAUGUAAAAAUAGACAAAUUGGACUAUAUUAAAAUUUAAAACUUCUGGGCAUCAGAGGACACAAUUAAUAGAGUGAAAAGACAGCCUACAGACUAUGAGAAAAUAUUUGCAGGUCACACAUCUAAUAAAGGGUUAAUAUCCAAAUUAUAUAAACAACUUAUACAACUUAAAAACAAAAUAACCCAAUUAAAAAAUAUACAAAGGACUUGAAUACUCAUUUCUCCAGAGAUGAUAUGCAAACAGCCAACAAGCAUAUGCAAAUAUGCUUAAUACCACAAAUCAUCAGGAAAAUGCAAAUCAAACCACAACGAGAUAUCACAUCACACCAAUUAGGAUGGCCACUAUUAAAAAAAUAAAAUUAAUAAGCAUUGGCAAGGAUCUAGAAAUUGGAACGCCUAUGCACUGUUGGUGGAAAUAUAAAAUGAUGCAGCUGGCUUUGCAGACACUGCUGCCCCCAAACAGCCCCUGUCACUAGGCCAUGGUCAUCCCCACUGUGCCCUUCAACAUCACCAUCAACAGCAAGGCCUUGGGAGACAUCUCCUUUCAGCUAUUUGCAGACACCUUUCCGAAGACAGGAGAAAACUUUCACACUCUGAACAAUAAAAACAAAGGAUUUGGUUAUAAAGAUUCCUGCUUUCACAGAAUUAUUCCAGAGUUUAUAUGCCAGGGUGAUGACUUCACACACCAUAAUGGCAUUGAAGGCAAGUCCAUCUAUGGGGAUAAAUUUGAUAAGAACUUUAUUGUGAAGCAUACAGGUCUUGGCAUCUUGUCCGUGGCAAAUGCUGGACCCAAAACAAAUGGUUCCCAGUUUUUCGUCUGCACUGCCAUGGCCAAGUGGUUGGAUGGCAAACAUGUGAUCUUUGGCAAGAUGAAAGAGGGCAUGCAUAUUGUGGAAGUCAUGGAAUGCUUUGGGUCCAGGAAUGGCAAGACAAGCAAGAAGAUCGCCAUUGCCAACUGCAGACAACUCUAAUAAAUUUCACUUCUGUUUUAUCUUAACCACCAGACCUUUCCUUUUGUAGCUCAGGAGAGCACCGUUCAACCCCAUUUGCUCACAGUAUCCUAUAGUAUUUGUAUUCUCACUGCAGUUCUUUGACUUCUACAUUUUCAUUAUAUCCCUCCACAUAU